AUGGCGCACAACUUGGACGGCAAGACGGCGGUGGGCUCUUGGAAGGACGAGAAUAUCUUGUCCAUUGCCCAAUUUGGAAAGAAAAGUGCGGAACGUGUAUUACUCGUGGCCAAUGAGAUGAAACAAAUGGUCAAGACAAAGGGUGCAAACGAUCUGCUUAAGGGAAAGCUGCUGGCCAAUGUGUUUAUGGAGCCAUCCACACGCACAAGCAGCUCGUUUCAAGCUGCAAUGAAGCGUCUUGGUGGCCUUGUAGUAUGUGUCAAUGAGACCUCUUCUAGUAGCCAGAAAGGCGAGACUCUGUAUGACACUAUUCGAUGUCUUGAGUGCUACGCUGACGUGGUCGUGCUUCGACACCCUAUCCAGGGCAGCGCUCUCGUGGCUGCUAAAGCUACCAAGAAGCCUGUACUAAACGCUGGAGACGGCGUGGGUGAACACCCGACUCAAGCUCUGCUAGAUUUAUACACGAUUUAUACGGAAGUUGGUGAUCUUGAGAACCUGAAAGGAAAGGUCGUCACUAUGGUCGGUGACCUCAAGUAUGGCCGCACGGUGCACUCUUUGUCUAAGCUGCUAGCGAUGUACGGUGCGACGUUCAAUUAUGUAUCGCCUGAGAGCUUGAAGAUGCCACGCUACGUAUACGAUGAGCUUGCCGCGCAAGGCAUUCAGCAGAAGGAGAUGACUGAUCUGGAUUCAGUCAUUAACCAGACAGACGUGCUCUACGUCACCCGUGUACAAAAGGAACGUUUUGAGUGCGAGACAGACUACAAUGCGGUAAAGGACAGCUUUCGCAUUACGCUAGACACCAUAAAGGAUGCAAAGGCUACGAUGGUCAUCAUGCAUCCGCUCCCGCGCGUUGGUGAGAUUGCUGAAGAGGUUGAUGACGACCCACGUGCUGCCUACUUCCGCCAGAUGGAGAAUGGCAUGUUUGUACGCAUGGCUCUGCUUGCUCUUGUCCUAGGCAAGGCAUAA